GUCUUGCUAAGAGAGUGUCACUUCUGGGCGGGAAACAAACAUCUGCUAAUUCAUUUUUUGGAGAAAGGAGCCUGCCAAAUGUUUCCCCUUCUAUUUUUGGCUUUUGUUGUAGCCAUCAAAGUUUUUAAGAAGACAACUCCAAAUGGGAAGGUCACGGUUUACCUUGGGAAAAGGGACUUUAUCGAUCAUUUGGAUAGCAUAGAUCCUAUCGAUGGGAUUGUGGUCGUCGAAAAUGAUUAUCUACAAGGGCGAAAAGUUUAUGGACAGGUAACAACAACUUUCCGCUAUGGCCGUGAAGAGGACGAAGUUAUGGGUGUCAAGUUCAGUAAAGAACUUGUCAUCUGCCGGGAACAAAUAGUUCCCAUGAAAAAAGAGAAGCAAGAUAUGACACCGGUUCAAGAACGUCUUCUAAAACGGCUUGGGGAACAUGCGUUCCCAUUCUUGUUUCAAUUUCCGCAAAACUCUCCCAGUUCUGUUACAUUGCAACCCGGCGAUGAUGACCUAGGUAAACCAUUAGGAGUCGAAUAUACAGUGAAAGUGUACGUUGGUGAACACGAAGAGGAUAAGGGACACAAAAGAUCAUCUGUGGCGUUAGCUAUAAAGAAAUUGCAAUAUGCCCCACCGACGAGAGGAAGAAAGUUACCUAGCUCAUUGGUUUCCAAAGGUUUUACUUUCUCCCAAGGUAAAUUGAAUCUAGAAGUUACGCUCGACAAGGAAAUUUAUUACCACGGGGAAAAAGUAGCCGCAAAUGUUAUCGUUACUAACAAUUCUAGGAAGGCUGUCAAAAACAUCAAGCUCUUUGUAGUGCAACAUUGUGAAGUAACGAUGGUAAAUACUCAAUUCUCCCGCAACGUGGCUAGUUUGGAAACACGUGAAGGUUGCCCGAUCACGCCCGGCGCGUCCUUCACGAAACAAUUUUAUCUUGUACCAUUGGCUAGCAGCAACAAGGAUCGUCGCGGAAUUGCUCUUGAUGGCCAUUUGAAGGAUGAUGAUGUGAACCUUGCAUCUUCAACAAUGGUAGCUGAUGGCAAAGUUCCUGGCGAGGCUAUGGGUAUUGUGAUCUCUUAUUCUGUUCGAGUGAAAUUAAAUUGUGGAACUCUCGGAGGCGAAUUGAUCACAGAUGUUCCGUUCAAGCUCAUGCAUCCAGCUCCUGGGGCCGCAGAGAAAGAAAAAGCUACCCUGAAAAAGAACAAGAGCGUCGACAGGACACGUUAUGAAAACACUUAUGCGAACGAUGACGAUGACAAUAUUGUGUUUGAAGACUUUGCUCGUUUGCGCUUGAACGAGCCAGAAUAAAAAAGCAUUUCACAAGGAGACUUGCGUUAAAAGGAUCUUGGAUUCAAAUUAUAGCAACUUUCAACCAGAAUGCUAUAGAAUUACGUUAAAUCAGCAAUUAAUGAGUGUAGCGCGAUGAUAUGUAGGAUUCUAGGAUUCUUUUAAUGCGAGUCGUGUCUAGAGAUUAUAAAAAAAAAGGUACAGAAGAUAAAAGGAAAUAAUAUCCAUAUGCGUAUGGAACAGAAUAUAAAUAAAAUAAAGGAACGUGUAAACAAAAAACGUACAAAAAAAGCGAAAAGUAUUACACGAAAAACGUCUCAUCGGCUUAUAAUUUCUAUCCGGUGGUGGUGGUCGGUUAGAAAUUAGCGUGAAGGCGAAAAAAAAGAGCAAGCUUAAUGCAUAAUUUAUAUUUGGCCAAAUUUACUAUUUUCCCGCCUUACCAGAAGUGACAUGUAUGCUACUGAUUUUAUGAUUUAUUGUGAUUCGUAAGGUGUCUGUAAUAUGUUUCUUUACUACAAACCAGUAACAUUGUCGAGUUAUAUCUGUAUAUUAGAAGAGAAAUAUAAGGGUUACGAAACGUUAA